AUGAAAAAUCUUCUAACCUUUCUUCUUGUCUAUCUGGCGAGUUAUUCAAACUCAGAAGAUGCUGAAAAAUCAGCUUUUACUCAAUUCGAUUCUGGAACAAAGUUGGAAAUCAACUCGGAUCAGAAAAAAGUGAUUCGAAUUGGACAUCUUGGAGCUGUUGGAUUGAUGCCAAAUGAUGAGAAGAUUUUGAAUAUCAGUAAAGAAACUUUGAUUGAGGAAGGAAUUAUUGGGAAGGAUAUUGAGAUUGAGUAAGUCGUUGGAGAUCUUGGAAGGAGUCUGGAUUUUUGAGAUCUGAAAAAAGAUCUUUAAUUGUUCAGUGAAAAAAUAUGAGCAAUUUCAUCUUCAAAGUUUUAAGAAUGAAAAUUUUGCUAAACACAAUAUACGUUUUCAGAAUAAUCUCGAAACAGACAUGCAGUGAAGCAUUUGAAGGUGUUGCAGUUGCUGCUGAAAUGUAUCAUGUUCAUCAAGUUCGAGCAUUCAUUGGACCGUAUUGUGCAUCAGGUUGGAAAAUUAAUUAUUACGUUUUUUAUCAAAAAAAUCAUAUUAUUCAGAACUGGAGGCUGUUACGAAAAUGGCAACAUUUUGGAACAUCCCAAUAAUUUCCUAUUCAUCAGUUCCAAAUGCAAUUUCUGAUCGAAGUGUCUACAAAACUUUGGCGAGAAUUUCAUCGAAAAAUACAAAUUCAUUGGCGGAAGCAACUGUUGCGCUUUUAUUACAUUAUCGUUGGUCAAAAGUUGCGAUUGUUAGUAAUACGGGAACUGGAGCAUAUGAAAAAGUGGCGACUUUUGAAGAUGUUUUGCAUCGAGUUGGAAUUCAAUUGGUCAAGAAAAUUACGUUUGAUGAGAAUGUUGAGGCGAAUGAUAUUAUUAAUUCGGGAAUGAUGAGUGAUUUGGCGAGUAGCGCGAGAAGUUAGUUUUGGAAAGGGGAGGGGUCUCUUUCUAAAAAUCUGUUAUUUUCCAAGCUCGGACAAACUAUCUAGAUUAGUUUUUGAAAAAUCUAGAAAAAUAUCAAGGAAAACAAAGUUCGCAGGAUUUUAUGGAAACUUUUUCAACAAAACUUCCAACUUUAAUUUUUUACAGUUGUGAUCUUGCUUUUCUCCUCAACAAAAGAAAUCACCAAAGAAUUUAUGCAAGCAACUUAUACACUUGGAAUGAACAAUGCAGAAUAUGCUUAUAUCAUACCUUGGCUCCAAAAUGCUCAAAAAGAUGCGACACCUUGGAUUGGUGCAGAUGGUGAAAUAAUGCAACGUGUAAAAGAUCAUUAUGCAAAUGCAAUUAUUGUGGACGAUGUUAAUGGUUUUGAUGACACAAUUGUUUCGUCAUUCGUUGAAAAAAUUGAGAAAUAUGGACUUCAUAAGGAUAAUAUUGAUUCAUCAAAUAUUUAUGGUUAUCUUCAUCUUUUUGAUGCUCUUCGAUUAUAUGCGUUGGCUUUGAGAAAAGUUAUAAAUGAAACAAAUAAUGAGGCAUAUGUUACAAAUGGACAAUUUAUUUGGAAUAAAAUGAGACGAUUGAGUUUUGAAGGAGUUGUUUCGAGAAGUUCGAAUGACAGUGAUAAGAAUGAUAUUGGGUCGGUUGGAACUGUUUUGAUGGAUGAUGUUGCUGAUCGAGCACCGAUUUUUGCGGCAUUCUAUAUUUCACCGACUCGGGAUAAAGUUAUGAAAAUGGUUAAUAUGGAAAGUGAAUUGAUCAGUAAUUGUGAUGGAUUGAAAAAUAAAAGUGGAUGUUUCCAAUUGGUAAGUUAGCCCUCCUGUAUUUCACAAAAUUCCAAUGUCAAUUCAGAAAUUGAACGAUGUUAUCAGUGGAUUUUGGCCAAGUGAAGAUGGAUCAAUGCCGUUAGAUGAACCAAUCUGCGGUUAUCGUGGACAAAAAUGCAGUUAUUUAUUGGAAAUCAGUGUUGCCACAUUGAUAAUACUUCUACUUUUAUUAUCAGGAAUAUUUUAUGUUUUAUUCAGAUACUGGUGAGUUUUUUGUUUGAGAGAAUUGUUCUAAUAAUAAUAGAUCGAUAAUAAAUCGAAUAAUCGAAUAAUGAAGAAAAAAAUGAUAUAUAAGGGGAUGAUCUAAUAAUAAAAUUCAUAAAAUUGAUUCAAUGGAAUCUUCCAGCGAGAACAAACAGCUCGAAAAAAUGCCUUGGCGAAUCUUCCACGAUGAUUUGCAAUUUAUUGAUGAGGAACAAGUUAGAUCUAUGGUUAGUUCAAUUUUUGGGCCGGUUUUUAAUGAGGAAAAAUCUCUGAAUCUUACUUUCUGAACUCUUGGAAACAAAGUUUCCGGGUUCUAAACUAACUAAUUUCAGAUGUCGAUUGGUUCAGCGAGCACAAAAUUGAGCAACACACACACCGGUCAAAAACAACACGCAAUAAUCGGUGUCAACACUCAUGCAACUUAUCAUAAAUACCAACAACGUAGACCAAUCAAAUUUGUUCGAGAAGACAUGCAACUUAUCACUCAAAUGAAACAAGCUGUUCAUGACAAUUUGAAUCCAUUUUUGGGAAUGGCAUUCAAUGAAAAAGAGGAAAUGUUGAUUCUAUGGAAGUUUUGUAGUCGGGGAACAGUUCAAGAUCUGAUUUAUAACACAAAUGUGGUUUUAGAUGAAAAGUUUCAUGGAGCUUUUGUCAGAGAUAUCACUUUGGUAAGUUCAUAUAACUUAGGAGUGAAUAGGCAGGAGCAUUUUCAGGGUCUCGAAUAUUUACACGCUUCACCAAUUGGUUAUCAUGGUUCUUUGACACCUUGGUGUUGUUUGAUUGAUAGAAAUUGGAUGAUCAAAUUAUCCGAUUACGGUAUUGCAAAUCCGCUCGAACGUUGGGAAAAACAAGGAGCGAUUAAUAUAACUGCUGUAAAAGAUGCUGAUGACAAAAGUCAAGCUUCACAAUUCACAUGUGAGUUGAAAAGCGGAAAUUUAAAAGUUUUGAGUAAAAGUCUGAGCGGAAAAUAAGAAUAUUUGAAUUUCAGCGGUGUUGUAUUGUGCCCCGGAAUUUUUGAAAAAUCGUGAGCAAAAUCGAAAAAGAGGAAUGGAACAAAGUUGGGUGAAACAGUCAAUGGUUCGAAGACAAGCUGGAGAUAUUUAUGCAUUCGGAAUGGUCAUGUAUGAGAUUUUGUUCAGAAGUUUGCCAUUUAGAGAUAAUGUUAAUGUUUCUGGUGAGAAUAUUCAUUGGAAACUAGGAUGAGCCUUUGAAUUUUUUAGAACUUUGUGAUUAUCUUGCGGAUGGUUCGAAGACAGUCACACCCGAAAUUCAAAAUCAAAUGGGUCUUCAUCCGGAUCUCAACGCGUUGCUAAGAGAUUGUUGGAGUGAAAAUCCAGAAAUCCGACCGUCGAUUCGAAGAGUUCGAUUGAAUACCGAAAUGGUUUUGAAAACCAAAGGUUCUUUGGUUGAUCAGAUGAUGCGAAUGAUGGAACAAUAUGCGAAUAAUCUAGAAAAACUGGUGGCUGAAAGAACUGGAAUGUUAGAAGAGGCGAAUGUUCGAGCUGAUGCUCUUCUCACUCAAUUACUUCCUGCAUAUGUGGCAUCCGAAUUAAAAAUGGGAAGAUCUGUUGCGCCAAAACUUUAUACAUCAGCAACAAUCCUAUUUUCUGAUAUUGUUGGAUUCACAACUAUUUGCUCAAGUUCAACACCAAUCGAAGUUGUUAAUAUGUUGAAUGGAUUAUAUACUGGAUUCGAUGAAUGUAUUACAAAUAACAAGAGUUACAAAGUUAGUCAGAAAAGUUUUAGAACUUUUGAGAAAUAUUAGCAAAGUUACUCUUUUUCACAAAAUUGGAAUUUUCAGGUUGAAACAAUUGGUGAUGCUUAUAUGGUUGUUUCUGGUAUUCCGGAAGAAAAUGGAAAUGAUCAUUCGAAAAACAUAGCAAAUAUUGCAUUAGAUAUGCGACAAUAUUUGACUGGCUACCAAAUCCCACAUCGUCCAACAACCCGAAUUCGUUGUCGAUGGGGUUUUCAUACUGGUUCGGUAGCUGCUGGUGUUGUUGGUCUCACAUCUCCACGUUAUUGUCUUUUUGGAGAUACUGUAAAUGUUGCAUCUCGAAUGGAAUCAACUGGAAAACCUGGAAUGGUUCAAAUGAGCUCGGAAGCCUAUUAUCAUUUGACAGCUCAUCAUCCACAUUUUGUCACUACUGAAAGAGGAGAAGUUGAAGUGAAAGGAAAAGGAUCGGUUUGCACAUUCUGGUUGGAAAACAGAGCUGAUGAUAAAUCGACUGAUGCUUAUAUCAACAAUAAAGAUGGAAUUUAA